AUGACCGCUGACGGCAGCUUCCUCAGCGCUGCUCGCUUGGGUGUGGCCGCGAACGCUGAGCUCCGGGCCGACGGGGAGCUGGCUGGCAGUUGGGCCACCUUCAUCCUGCGUGUGAAGCAGCAGGAGGGCCGGACGCUCCUCCCAGACUCUGCCUGGCUCGGCGAGACGGUCACGCUGCAGUCGCACUUGGGCACCUACGUCGGGGUCGGUCCCGACGGGGAUGUCACGGUCAGCGCUCAGGAGAAGGACGUGGGUCGUUGCGAAGAGUUCACGCUGGUGGACGGGGGUGAGGACGGCAUAGCCCUGCAGACGUGCAAGGGCACGUUCCUGGGCGCUGGGCCGAGCGGUUCCGUCGCCUCAGACGUGGAAGAGCCCGGGGAGCGGGACCACUUCCUUAUCGACAUCGUGGACGUCAAAGUCUUCUUCAGCGCUUUGGACCUGCCUGUUUCGAAGCUAGGAAGGUUGACGAACGAGAACCUGAAGUGGUCUAAUUUGUCCAUAUUGGAUCCGAACCUGGUGCCCCACAAGCCGCCUCAGCCGGUCGUCCUGAAGACGACCCAUGGCGGGUACCUCUUCCCACUGGAGCAUGCCAAGAGGGGCUCAGAUAAGCUGAUGCCCUCGAACGCUACCCGAGUGACUCAGGCGGUGAUCUUCACGCGCACAUGCGAGGACAGCGGCUUGCUGCCCAUUGCCAACCAAAGCGCGUGCCAGGCCGCCGCCAGAAGCAUCGGGCUGGUAAAGUCGAAGGCCGACGUCGACGUCAAGAUUGUCGAGGACGCUGGGGUUCCAGAGGGGUGCUACGUGGAGAACUUGACCCGCUUCCGCCUGGGCACGAACCCUUUAAACAAUGGCACUGGGGUGUCGCACAGGAAAGACGGCACAACGCUGAAUCCCAUCUGUGUUGGCGUCUGCCCCAAGUGUGCCAUGCCAGAGCCGACGGCGCCUGCGCUCGUGAUCUUCUUCAAUGAGCGUGACCUCUGCAAGAUGCGUAUCCUGGCCUCGUCGAUCACGAGGCACGACCCCAACCAGCUGAUUGGCGCAGUGCACCUCGUCUGGCUCUCAACUCACCCCCCCAAUGAGUUCAUGGGGGGCAUCGACUCCAUCCGCAACGCCGCCUCGGCAACGCACAAGGUACGGUUCCACGACAUGUCCUGGAUGUUCCGCAGCGGCAUGGAGGGUCCGAAAGUGCAGCAGAUUGUGAAGCUAAAGGCCUCAAGCUUGGUCGAGGAGGACUACUAUCCACGCGCGCGGUGGCGGAUGUGGUGCUCGAUGCUACGAACGCGUUCAUCCGCGACAUCAGGCCGGACACAUUCUUGA